AUGCCUACAGGAGGAGUCUGGGUCUCGCCCGAGGGCAGAGAGACAUCCAUCCUGCUAAGAAACAGCCCCGAGGUCUUCACAUGUCUCGCCAACAAUCUUGGGGGCGUGAACCCCAACCUCGCCUUGCACGACGUCUACAACCUCGGUGAUGCAGGCACACCCAUCGGCCACGGGCUGAAUGCCCUGCUGCACGCUGUCGUCAAUGGCCACCCGGACAGGUCAUCAUCUGUCAGGGCCGACCCGGUGCUGUCCUGUCCGCUCGAGGAUGCAACUCCCCAGAAGCCGGAUGGCCGCGGUGGGCUACCGUAUAACAGCCAGGAACUCGAGGAGGCCCAUAUGCGCGGUGGGGUGGCUCGACGGCGACCGGAGCUGAUGAGCACCGCGGCCAUCACUUCAUAG